AGAAUAAUAUAAAUUAUUCGACAAUUCGGUAUUCAAAUAUACUAUAACUAUACUCAGGUUACUGUUUUCUGUUGUGUGCUUUAGUAUUUUUUGCCUAAUUUACUAAAUUUAGUAGUUGUUCGUAUUUGUACAGCUUUUUUUUUUUUUUCGAAUAAAUUUAUGACUCGGCUCAGGGUUUAAUUAUUACUAGUUGACAUUGGAUUCGUGGAGUGUGACGACAAACUCGUCCUCAGAUUUCCGUUUAUGUUUGGCACUUACUUAAUUUUUCGAAACUCUGCGUUCGCUGUAUAAUGUGAAGUCUAUCAAGUUUGGACGACGAAACGAAAAACAAUAACGUCAUGAUCACGGUCGGUAUACGGCCGAUACUUGCCGGACUGAUAGUCGUCACGUUGCAGAUUUGGAAUGUGUCGACGGCACCGACUGAAAAAACUAUUAGUCAACUUAUGAUGUCGUCUGGCAAAGUCGAUUUGGUGAACUAUUUCAAAGAGCUAAAUCUCGACAAAUUUUGUAAUUUUCCGUUACUGGAUGUUAAAAAUUUCACAAUGGUGGAAAACGAAUACACUUUUCCGUGUUUUUGUACGGUGAUUUACAACAUUAGCAAUGAAUUUGAUUACAAUCUCAUAAAUGCCUCAAACUUAGAAACUGCAAAAUUCAUGACUAAUAAUCACAAAUUAAAAGACGAAGUCAUAUAUGAAAUGUGGACAAACAUGACCAAAAACUCCCAAUCAAUGAAAUUAUUAAUGGAUCCGCUAAACAAUAUAAACAAAUGGAAUAAGGUCUGUUAUAAUUUAAACAAUGAAUUGCAUACAUACUGUAAAUUUUUAAAUGUAGAGGUAUUACUGUUCUACAGUGGCGGUUUAGAAAAAUUUAAUAAAUCUAUAAAAAAAAAUAUUGACAAUCCAUCAAAAGACCUUAAAGAACCCGUUGUUCCUAAUGUCGUUGUUGCAGAGCUGAAAAACCCUGAGAACAUACCUCAAAUUAAAGUUGAUAAAUCUCCAGAAAAUGAAAAGAACGUAGACAAUAUUCAAAAAAUAGUUGAUGUCAAUAACGGUGAUAAAAAUAAUGAUGAGGAACUUCGUUCAGAAAUACCUAAGGAUAAUAUAAACAUUGAUGGUGAUGAAACUACCAUUGAAGAUGAAAAACAAAUUGAAGAUGAAAAACCAAUUGAAGAUGAGAAACCAAUUGAAGAUGAAAAACUAAUUGAAGAAACAGAGGUCCAAACUCCAAUUGAUUCAAAACCAGAUACAAAAUCUAGUGUUGAUUAUCCUAAAGAAGACGAUGGUACUAUUCGGCAAUCAGAAACUAAAGAAAAUUUAUCAAAAUUAGGACCUAAACCUAAAUUUGCAAAUCAUGGGUUUGGUGAUUCAGAAGACUCACAUUUCCUUUUCUACUUCAGCAUAAUGACUAUACUAUCAAUGCUAUUUUAUUUAGCUUUAUACAAUAAGAAAAAAAUAAUUGCGCUUUUAAUUGAAGGACGGCGAAGUACAAACCACCGAAGACGACCAAAUACAUCAAGUUAUUCAAAAGUAGAGACUGAUGAUGGAUCAACUGUGUUUUGAUGAAAUUGAUAACCUUUAGUGUGAUUUAUAUUGCAAAAACAAAAUUAGUCGUAGACUCUCAAUGUUGUGAAGUUGAGUGGUUGUUGAUUGAAGUAUUUCCUAUAAAAAGUGUUGAAUAUGUAAUGGUAUAUAUUAUAUUAAUAAGUUAGAAAAAAUUCUGUGAUGAAAAUAUGUAUAUAUAAAUUUUACAACAUUUUU